UUAAAUCAAAUCGUUACGUAGUCAAAAAGGUUUGUUUUAAGCAAAACUAUAACUUCAAGCAAUUUUGCUAAAUAAAACUGAUUAAAAACUUAAGAAAAAAUGUAAUCUGGCGAAAAGCUAUAAAAAUAAGGAGAUAUCGAUAAGGAUGGCGCGGGUUCAGUUGGAAACUAUCAUCAAUCUGAUGGGGAUAAUAAUAUGUUGCACAGUGUUAUUUUGCCAUUCAGAAGGAACGGGCCUAAUUCUAUCAUGCACAUAGGAGUACCAUUCGUUUUUGGUAAACAAUUGACCACUCUGCUUAAAUGAAUAAAUAAAUCAUUUAAAAUUGGCCGGAAGUCCAAAAAUAUGUCUACGCUCUGUCGUACUUGUGGUCAAGAUGUAGAACACGGCAAGUCACUUUUCGAGAAGGAAGGCAGCGAAGUGCUAUACAACAUCUUCAAGCUGACAGGAAUUUGGUUAAGUGACAAGCCCGGUUUGCCUUCAAGGAUUUGUUUGUCCUGCCUACUGGAUCUCAAUGAAGCCAUCGCUUUUCGAGAGCGCUGCAUUAAGACCAACAACUCUUGGAUUAACAAGCAGAACUCACAAGAGGAUUCGCCAACUUUAGUCGAAAAGGAUAUAAGCCAAGAAGACCUAAGAGUAGAUGUUGCGCCCAUCAGUAUUGUACAGCAACAAAAGAUUGCAGAGGAGGAAAGAAGUCCGGCAAAACGCAGCAGGAAGCGAAAUGAGAGUUCGCUAAAGACACAAGAUGAUUCUAAUUAUCCUCUGGGCGAACCUACUGCAGAUCUCAUGGAUCCGCUGAGGUGCGCGGAUAUCGAGGUAAAGAACGAGCCCCUGCCUUCAGAUGAGGAAUCUAUAAGAACAAAAAACGUGCGAUAUGGAAACGAAGAAGACAUAAAGACUGUGACUAUUGUAACUAGAAAAAAACGGGGCAGACCAAAAGUUGACGGAAAGACCGAGGCCGAAAAACAUGCAUUGCGAAGGAAGUGGGCUGCUGAGAAAAGAGCUCAAGCCAAGGAUCAGAAACGUUAUUUCUGCGACCAAUGCGGAAAGACAUUCAGCGAAAGAGGCAACUUCAAUGUCCACCUUACGCGGCACAAAGGCACCAAGGAGUUCCAGUGCAAGGAGUGUGACCGCAAGGAGUUCACCCAACAUCUGCUCAAUUUGCACGUGAGGAUCAAGCAUCGCGGGGAAUUGCCCUAUGUGUGCAAGUACUGUGGCCAGCGAUUUGACAAUUGCCUGAAACGAUUGUUCCACGAACGGAAACAUGAGGAGAAUCCAGACCAUAGACCGUACGCGUGUCCUAUAUGCAACAAGGGGUUUAAGAAAAAGGAAUCUCUGAAGACCCAUGGGGUUGUCCAUACGGGUGAACAGCCAUUUCACUGCAAUCUCUGUCAGGCCCACUUCAAUCGGAGGAACAGUCUUAGGACCCACUACAAAUCUAAGCAGCAUAGGACUAAAAUGGCAGAGCAGGGAAAGAAGAUUAAUGGCUGAGACCAAAAUGUGACGGUGGAUGAGUAAUGCGAUAAUUUAUUUUAGAGCUUUUAAUGAGGCUAACAUAUGUAUAGUGUUAAUAUAGCAUUAAAAUAGGAAUGACAUUUUUUUAAAUAUGAGCCUAAAUUAUUUGUAUAACAACAUAACUAAUAAAGUAAAUUGGAAAUUUUGCUAAUUGGUAAA